AUGGCGGACAACUCUCCUAACCCUGUCCCUUUCUCGGAGCCGCCCUAUCUUCGCGGACUACCAUCCCCAUACAUUACUGACGCGCACCGGGAGUUCCAGAAGAAAUGCCGAAAAUUCGCAUGGGAAAACCUCAUUCAGCAUGCCAUGGAAUGGGAGAAGGCUGGAACCGUUCCGGACCAUGUCUUCGAUACCUUCUGCAAGCACAACAUGUUGCUCCCAAACAUGCCUGCCCCCCUCCCUGUGGAUUGGCUCAGGCGGCUAGGGAUUCAUGACAUUUUGGGUGUGAAGGUAGAGGAUUGGGAUUACAUCUAUACUGGAAUCUAUGCCGAUGAGCUUGCUCGGUCGGGCCUGAGUGGCCCCGGCGGCUCUUUGAAUGCGGGCUUCGCAUUUGGCAUCCCACCAAUUGUCAAAUUUGGCAGCAAGGAGCUACAAGAAAAAUUUCUCCCGGAUCUUUUAACUGGCAAGAAGCGUGCCUGUAUUGCUAUCACUGAGCCCGAGGCCGGCAGUGAUGUUGCCAAUAUUGUUACCACUGCAUCAAAGAGUGCCGAUGGUAAGCAUUAUAUUGUGAACGGAACUAAAAAAUGGAUUACCAAUGGCAUCUGGUCCGACUAUGCCACUAUGGCUGUCCGAACAGGUGAACCCGGGCCAGCGGGUCUGUCUGUGCUUGUCGUGCCUCUAAAGAACUACCCUGGUGUCUCCAUGCGCCGAUUGAAAGUUUCUGGACAAAUUACGGGUGGAACCACAUAUAUUGAGCUUGAUGAUGUCAAAGUUCCUGUGUCAAACCUGGUCGGCAAGGAGGGAGACGGUAUGCGCAUUAUCAUGACCAACUUCAAUCACGAGCGGCUGGUCAUCUCUGUUGGCGUCACUCGCUCAGCCCGAGUGGCACUCUCUGCUGCAUUCUCUUACUGCCUCAAGCGUGAAGCGUUUGGCAAGAAGCUUAUGGAUCAGCCUGUAGUGCGCCAUCGACUCGCCAAGGCUGGCGCCGAACUCGAGACCAUGUAUGCGUGGGUUGAACAGAUUCUCUAUCAGCUGUGUCACCUUAGCAAAGAAGAGGGCGACCGCCAGUUGGGUGGUUUGACUGCUCUAGCGAAAGCAAAAUCCGCAAUGGUGCUGAAUGAGUGUGCUCAAUGUGCCGUCCUUCUGUUUGGUGGGAAUGGCUUCACGCAGACCGGUCAAGGUGAACUCGUCGAAGCAAUUCUUCGUGAUGUCCCCGGUGCACGUAUUCCUGGCGGCUCUGAAGAUGUGCUACUUGACUUGUCUGUGCGUCAGCUGGUCAAGAUUUAUCAAGCACAGGAGAAGAAGCUUUCACAGAGCUCCAAAAUUUGA